AACAAAAACCCAACGCGAUUUUCCAAAGAUCCCUGUCUGAUUCGUCGUUUCUUCAACCGCCGACAGCCACCCUUGUGUUGUGAUGUCCCCCGGAAUUCGUGAGAGAUGACGCAGUCCCUACGUACACCUCCGGCGCAUGUCGCUAGCGCAGGCUCCACCCGUUUUUUUGGUUUCCUCGUCACAGCCGCUGAGGGCAAAAGAGGCCCAGUCGGAGUGUACACUGCGCCGCCCCGCUGUACUGGUCAAAAGAUCAUACGCGCAGAUACAGAUCCUCACGACGUCACUCGUGGACAUGCAGGUGGGCACGUUACGGACACUCGGUAAAUUUCACGUGCGUGCACUCGCCAGCUCGCGUGACUGUCAAGGAAGGGGUUUCCGUGCAAAUCACCGACCGCGCACGGAUGGGCAAUCAAGCAUAG